AUGGCUCUCUCAGGCAGCCGCGUCAUUGCCAAACAAGCUGCCCUCCCCAACGUGGUGAUUGGCCUCGUCGCUGCUGGUGGUCUCUACUCGGCCUACUCCUAUUUCCAGGGCUCGACGACGCCUCGAACAGUGUUUGGCGGCGGAUUGACAGGAAAUCUCACACUGCAGCACACAGAGGAUGUCAACCAUAACACAAAACGACUGCGUUUUGCCUUUCCCAACGCCCAGGAUGAGACUGGCCUCACUGUUGUCUCGUCUGUCUUGACCUUUUCGUGGCCCAAGGGUAGUCUGACUCCUGCCAUACGGCCAUAUACGCCAGUGGGCGACCUUGCUAACAGUGCCCUAAAAGCACAACCGGGAUUCAUUGAUCUCAUGGUCAAAAAGUAUCCUAAUGGAAAAGCCAGCACACAUAUUCACUCCCUGCAGCCGGGUGAUUCACUCUUUUUCGCUUUCCCCAUCAAGGCAUACUCCUGGGUACCGAAUCGCUAUGACCACGUUACUCUGAUUGCAGGUGGUGCUGGCAUCACGCCAAUCUAUCAAUUGAUCCGCGGUGUUCUCGACAACCCUAAGGACCGUACCAAAAUGACGCUUGUGUUUGGAGUCAACACCGAACGGGAUCUCCUAAUGCGCGAGGAGUUUGAGAACUAUGAGAAAAAGUUCCCUGGUCGGUUUAAGAUCGUGUACACAGUCUCCCAGCUCAACGAGAAUUCAGGUUUCCGCAAGGGACAUGUCACCAAAGAGCUUUUGAAGGAGGUUCUGCCAGCUUACUCUUCAUUGACAGACACGAAAGUGUUUGUGUGCGGGCCUCCUGCCAUGGAGGGUGCAUUGACUGGUGGGUUCGGCACGUCAGGUAUUCUGGCCGAGUUGGGGUAUAAGAAGAACCAGAUCUUCAAAUUCUGA